AUGACUCAGAGUUCUGCAGAUAUACCCGACAUAUAAGAAUUAACUUUAGAGAAUGGAGUAACUCCCGCAAUGAAAUAAGUCCAUUUGAAUACUCUCUCGAAGAUUCAACCUGAUUCUUGGUUUAACAUUCCCGUCUGUGUGGUAAGGGCAUUCAAAUCUAUGAUUGAAAACUGCUAAAAUCAAAAUCAAAUCAUUAAGGAGAUGAACGAAAGAACAAAUGAGAGAGAGAAAAUAGUAUACGGAGCACUAAAGAAGAUUGAAACUUCUUUAAUAGACAAAGACAACGAUCUUCAUAGAGCUAUGGAUUAGAUGGAGAGACAGAUUUUAGACAAAUUAAGGAAAUUCCAAAUUGAUGUUGAGACAUAAAUCAGUGUGCAAGACUAAAGACUUAGAGAAAUGUACAAUAACUCCUUUGAAGAUAGAGAGUUCUUAUAUAAUAAGCUAAGCGGAGUUGAAGACUCAUCUAUCAUUAGAAGCUAUAUUGAAGAGUAACUUAUUCAAAUGGAGCAUAGGUUCAGGAAAUAGCAGUUCGAUUAUCGGUCGGAAAUAGAUUCUGUUUUUGCAGGUCAUGGAGAAAAUUUUGAGAAUCUUCGAGGAUGGGUUUCGUAUAUGAAUACUUAUGUGCAGCACAAUAUGGUAGAAAUGGAAAUUAAAAUUUAAGAUAAGACUCUAUCUGAAGUAAAAAAACAGAUAAAUAAGAUGUCUUAAGUCCUUGAUUAAAACAAAGAUCAUCUUAUGAAUUAAAUCACUAUUAGCGGAGAAUAACUGAGCAAUAUAGUUGAAACCAAAGUAAAUUAAGUUUCUUAGGAAAAUGUGGAUAAAUUGAAUGAGGUUAAAAAAGAGUAAAAUACAGUAUAAAAUAAUGUAAAAUUUUUGGAGAAAAGAAUUGAAGGCAUAAAAUCAGACCUUAAUCUUUUGAAAAUCGACGAUUCUAAUCUCACAUUAAUUGAUCAACUUAAAGAACAAUUACGCUAAGAUAUAAGUGUAUCAUCUGAUAAACAAAAACAAAAGAUCAAGAAGGUUAAAUUAAGUCUGAAGGACAGGGAGGAUGGAUUGAAAAAGAAAAUAGAUCAGCUUCAAACUGAAAUAAGAGCUACAACUUCAAAAAAAGAAACAGGAAAAGCGACUCUUGAACUUACAGAUAAGAUUAAAAGACAAAUUCAGGAGAUGAUACUUGCGAACAUUGAAAAACAAAUAAAUAGUAGUGUCUCAAAGUAAAAUACUAAUGCUAAUUCUAUUCUUGGAGGAGGUUCUCAUCAGCAAUCAAAUAACAAUAUUACUAUAGCCUCAAGAAACGGCAAUAAUCUGAGCGAGACUACUACUUCAAAAUUUAAGCAUUCUAUGACAUAGAAAAGAGAUGCUAAUGGGAAUCUCCUAAAUAUUAACAAUCUAGAUACUGAACAAUAAAUCUCCAGCAAAUCAUCUUUCAAUUAAAAGCAAUAGAAACAGUAACUUAUUCAGUAAUAAAACCAUGGUAGAGCAAAAUCAACUCUGGAAAAUUAUGAUUAAAAUGGAUUAAUGAACAUCGAGCCCUUUGAUGAAAAUGCAAUUCUUAAAUCUGAGGAUAAAACUUUAAACUAGUUAACUCAGAAUAAUAACUUUAUGAAUGAUAAACUUAUUUAAUUAAAUAGCACUCAAGUUGAAUUACUAUCCGGCUAGUAAAGCUAAUCCUAUCAUCAUAGACAGCGAACAAUUUUUAAGUAAGAGUAAUCAGAAAUUCCAGCCCUUGCCAAUGAUUACACUCCAUCGACCCAAUAGUAGAGAAAGCGAUAAAUGAUUUUGAAUAAGACUAUUGGAUCAUAGAAUUAAGAUGGAGAUGAAAACAAUUAAACAUUUAGGAGGAACAACUACACAGAGAUGAAUAUUCUUGAAUCAAGAGAGAGGACGAUGGAUCCAAGUUUCAGAGGGGAAAUGGCAACUAUAAAUGCCUCAGACACCUCUUAUUUUAGACAAUCAAGAGAAGGAGCUACAAGGUUUAAGACUAAUGAAAGUAACUCAAGCCUACAGCCAAAUAAAACUUAAAACUAAACGAUUUAAAAUAUAAAAAUACUAAAUUAAACAAACACUAAAAAGAUUAUAUUUAGUCAAAAACCUCAGAACUAAAAAAACUAAGUAAGACCAAUAGCUGUUAAGUUUGAAGCAUUAUGA